UCCUGCUCUAACUCCGGGGCUGAUCGCUGCUCCGCCGGCGGACUGACGGAGGAUGACAGUCCCGUCCCGACCUCUCCCGCCGCUCGGUGACUCCUUCUCCUCCUCCUCUGCUCCACACUGAGUCUCAUACCAGGACAGCUGGAUUCUCAGGGGCCAGGAGAGACACGUCUGCACUGCUGACUGCUGGGAUGCUCGGUACCGGGACUGGUCUUAUUCCCGGCAGGUUGUUUGGAUGCAGUCACCGCAGGCCACCUCCACCGCUCGGUACAUUUAGGACACAGUGAGGCGGGAGAAGAGGAGCAAAGAUGGGCUUCAUGCACCAGCUCCAUCUGCUGCUGUGGAAGAACAUCUCUCUGAAGAGGAGGGGGCCGUGGGUGCUGGCCUUUGAGAUCUUCAUCCCAUUGGUCCUUUUCUUCAUCCUUCUUGGCCUGAGGCAGAAGAAGCCGGCCAUUCCUGUCAAGGAAGUGUCCUUUUACAGCGCCGCUCCUCUCACCUCUGCUGGCAUCAUUCCCAUCAUGCAGUCUCUGUGCCCGGAUGGACAGAGGGAUGAAUUUGGUUUCCUGCAGUACAAAAACUCCACUGUGACCCAGCUGCUGGAGCGGAUCAGUGAAGUGGUCGAACAGAAUCGACUCUUCACGUCGGACCGGCCUGGUUUGGGUCAGGAGCUGGAGACGCUGCAGCAGCACCUUGAGAGCCUGAGCUCGUCAUCUUUACCUCCAGACUACACCUUCAACAACAGUCAAGGUUUUACUCUAGCCAGUGUGUUCAGGAACCAGACGUCUUUCCAGCAGUUUCUUCUGAAGAAUCUCUCUCUGUCUGAGCCCACCAGCGCUCUGCUGCUGCACACACCUGUCAGCCUCCGAGAGGUGUAUCGUCUUAUCUUUGGAACAGCUCUCAGGGACGGAGGGGGAGCCCAAACUCUGAUUCAAGGGGCCAAAGACACAAAACAAAAGCCAGGAGACAAAAUUCAUCAUUUACAGGAGCAGCUGCUGGGAGACGGCCAUGGUCUGGAUGGAGGGCUGAUACACAAAGCUUUACAUGAUCCAGCGCAGGCAGCCCACAGGCAGACUCUGCUCAAACUCAUGUCCCAUGCUUUGGGCCUCUCAGAGGGCUCAGGAAACCAGAGAACCGACCUGCAGGCCCUGACAGAGGUGGAGGAAGUCCUCCUGACUGGAGCCAUGCUGGAGGUCCUCACCUGUGAGGGAGGCGGGGCCAGUGAACUUGGAAAAAUCCUGCUGGUGCCGGAAAAGCAGCUUCCGUUGCUACAGGCCUAUCGUAGCACAGUGUGCAGUGGAGGGGAAGCACAGAGGUCAGAGCGCUUCAGGCAGAUGAGCCAAGAGCUGAGAGAGCAGAUGAACAUGCAGAGAGUCACUGAGAAGCUUCACCUGGAGCGACCCCGCUCUCUGGCUCCUCUCUCUCAGUCCCACAUGAGGGCACUGUUGAAGGACCUGGCAGAUAUAGAGAGACUUCUCAAAGAUGUGGACCUGCUCUCCGGACUUGCUCGUCUACUGCCAAAAGGAGCCUGUGCUGGUCGAGCCCCAGCCUCCCCUACAAACGUGAGCUGGCCCCUGAAUGCCACCACCUGGGGCCCCAACACAACAGACACCCCCAGAGAGGAAGAGGAAGAGAGGGGAGCAGAGGGAGGAGGAGGUGGGGGAGAGAAAGGGAAGGAGGCAGCGGAGAAUCCUCAUUCUCAGUUUUCAGCGUUUGUGCAGCUGUGGGCUGGACUGCAGCCAAUCCUGUGUGGGAACAACAGGAUCAUCGAGCCGGAGGCUUUGAAGCAGGGGAACAUGAGCUCUCUGGGAUUCACCAGCAAAGAACAGAGGAAUCUCGGCCUACUGGUUCACUUGAUGACUACAAAUCCCAAGAUCCUCUAUUCCCCCAUUGGCUCCCAGGUGGAUAAAGUGAUUCAGAAGGCAAAUGAGACGUUUGCAUUUGUGGGGAACGUGACACACUACACCCGUGUGUGGCUGAACAUCUCGGCCCAGCUCAGGAUGUUUCUGGAGGAAGGCUGGCUGCACAACCGCCUGGUGUGGCUGCAGCAGCUGUCCUCUGAGCUGCAGCAGCACCCCGAGCUGUUGAACGGCACCGACAGUGAGCUGAUGCAGAGUCUGAUGGAGGGAAACUACAGCCUACCUAACACCUCCACCCUGCUGGAGCAGCUGGACACCAUCGACAACGCUGCCUGUGGCUGGACGCGCUUCAUGUCUAAGGUCAGUGUGGAUGUCUUCAAAGGUUUCCCUGAUGAAGACAGCAUCGUCAACUACACGCUGAACCAGGCCUACCAGGACAAUGUGUCCGUGUUUGCCAGUGUGAUUUUCCAGACUAACAACGAUGGCUCACUACCGCCUCACGUCCUUUACAAAAUCAGACAAAACUCCAGCUUCACUGAGAAGACCAAUGAGAUCAGACGAGCCUACUGGCGUCCAGGACCCAACACCGGGGGCAAAUUCUACUUUCUGUAUGGUUUCGUUUGGAUCCAAGAUAUGAUAGAGCGAGCCAUCAUCAACACGUUUGUAGGCCAUGACGUGGUGGAGCCUGGUAACUACGUCCAGAUGUUUCCCUAUCCGUGUUACACCAGAGAUGACUUUCUGUUUGUGAUCGAGCACAUGAUGCCUCUGUGCAUGGUGAUCUCCUGGGUUUACUCAGUGGCCAUGAUGAUUCAGCACAUUGUGGCAGAGAAGGAGCACCGGCUCAAAGAGGUGAUGAAGAUGAUGGGUCUGAAUAAUGCGGUCCACUGGGUGGCCUGGUUCAUCACUGGCUUCGUCCAGCUGUCCAUCUCUGUCACCGCUCUGACGGCCAUCUUGAAGUAUGGCCGCGUGCUGCUCCACAGUGACCCCUUCAUCAUCUGGCUCUUCCUCACCAUCUAUGCUGUGGCCACCAUCAUGUUCUGUUUUUUGGUGUCAGUGAUCUACUCCAAGGCCAAGCUGGCUUCAGCAUGUGGAGGAAUCAUCUACUUCCUCAGCUAUGUCCCCUACAUGUAUGUGGCCAUCAGGGAGGAGGUGGCUCACGAUAAGAUCACAGCAUUUGAGAAAUGCAUCGCAUCUCUGAUGUCAACCACUGCCUUCGGCCUGGGCUCCAAGUAUUUCGCUCUGUAUGAGGUUGCAGGAGUCGGCAUCCAGUGGCGGACCAUCAGCCAGUCACCAGUGGAGGGUGAUGACUUUAACCUAGGCCUGUCCAUGAUGAUGCUCAUCAUCGAUGCCGGCGUGUAUGGUGUGCUCACCUGGUACAUCGAGGCUGUGCAUCCUGGAAUGUAUGGACUGCCACGCCCAUGGUACUUCCCUCUGCAGAGAUCCUAUUGGUCAGGUAGCGGGCGUGUGGAGACAUGGGAUUGGCCGUGGUGUGGAGGCGGAGCGACCAGGCUCAGUGUGAUGGAGGAGGAUCAAGCAUGUGCCAUGGACCAGAGGAGAUCAGAGGAGAUGCGGGGUAUCGAGGAGGAGCCGAGUCACCUGCCGCUGGUCGUGUGUAUUGACAAACUGACCAAAGUUUACAAAACCGGCAGCAAACUGGCCUUGAACAAGCUGAGCCUGAACCUCCAUGAAAACCAGGUGGUCUCCUUCCUUGGACACAAUGGAGCCGGCAAGACCACCACCAUGUCCAUCCUGACAGGCUUGUUCCCACCCACGUCAGGCUCAGCCACCAUAUAUGGUCAUGACAUCCGCACAGAGAUGGAACGUAUCCGUCAGAACCUUGGCAUGUGUCCACAGCACAACGUCCUGUUUGACAAGCUGAGCGUGGAGGAACACCUGUGGUUCUAUUCCAGACUGAAAGGGAUGGCUGAGGAAGACAUACGCAAGGAGAUGGACAAGAUGAUUGUUGACUUGGAGUUAUCAAACAAGCGUCACAGCUUGGUGCAGACUUUAUCUGGUGGUAUGAAGAGGAAGCUCUCAGUGGCUAUCGCCUUUGUUGGCGGCUCCCGGGCUGUCAUCCUGGAUGAACCCACAGCCGGUGUGGACCCCUAUGCUCGCAGAGCAAUCUGGGACCUCAUCCUCAAGUACAAACAGGGCCGGACCAUCCUGCUGUCCACACACCACAUGGAUGAAGCUGACCUUCUGGGGGAUCGAAUCGCCAUCAUCUCACAUGGGAAACUAAAGUGCUGCGGCUCGCCACUCUUUUUAAAAAGCACCUACGGAGACGGAUACAAACUGACACUGGUGAAGAAGCAAAGUGAAGGUCGAGGUCAGGGCAUCCAGCUGCAGCCUCCCUCUUCUCUGUCUCCGUCCUCUUCUUUGUCGCCUUGCUCAGAGGCUCGAGUCACUCAGUUUAUUCGCCAGUUUGUGGCUUCUUGCCUGCUGGUGUCUGACUCCAACACGGAGCUGUCCUACGUGCUGCCAUCGGAGGCUGUGAAGAAGGGCUGCUUUGAGAGGCUAUUUCAGGCUCUGGAGCAGAGUUUGGACAGCCUUGCUCUGACUAGCUUCGGUGUGAUGGACACCACGCUGGAAGAAGUUUUCCUCAAAGUGUCUGAAGAGGACCAGUCUCUGGAGAACAGUGACGCUGACAUGAAGGGCUCCCCUGGGGGCAGCUCAGUGGGGAAGUCCUCCGUGGGUUCAAGCGGGGGUCCACAAAGCGAGACGGGCCCUGCGGUGGAGGGUGAUAAGCCAGAGGUAGAGCUGAGUAAUCUGGUGAUGUGCUCGAGGCUGAGCCAGAGCCAGUCCUCCCUGAAAUCCUCCUCGUCUGUGGGAUCAGUACGAGGAGAUGAGGGGGGACUCUAUGCGGAUUUCUACGGAGAUUACUGUCCACUCUUCGACAACGGCCAGGAGUCGGACUCAGCCAGCCUGAGGGAUGCAGAGAACCUGUCGUCCCCGGAGCCCGAGGUCCUGGAGGGGCAGGGCAGCUUCAAACUGGAGGGGUGGUGGUUAAAGCUUAGUCAGUUUCAUGGCCUCAUCGUGAAACGGUUCCACUGUGCCAAGAGGAAUACUAAAGGCCUCUUCUCUCAGAUCCUCUUGCCUGCCUUCUUCGUCUGUGUGGCCAUGACCGUGGCGCUGUCUGUGCCUGAGAUCGGGGAUCUGCCCCCUUUGAUCUUGUCCCCCUCUCAGUAUCACAACUACACCCAACCCCGGGGCAACUUCAUCCCAUAUGCCAACGAAGACAGACCUCAGUACAGGAGUAAGCUCUCCCCAGAUGCCAGCCCCCAGAAGAUCACUAACACCCUGCGUCUGCCCUCGGGUGUGGGGGCCACCUGCAUCCUCAAAACACCCUUUAACAGCACCCUGGACCAGCUCGCGCAGACGCUCAACCCCAGCGCCAACAACUCCAAGACCCUGGCAGCCCGUUACUUUGACUCUAUGUGUCUGGACUCCUUUACCCAGGGAGUCCCUCUCUCCAACUUUGUGCCCCCUCCCCCCUCACCAGCCCCUUCAGACGACCCAGAUCCUCGCUUUGAGGAUGGACUGUGGAACUUUACAGUGGCCCCUCCUACCACAGUUCAUGAGCCAGUGACGUCUCCUCCCACCCUACCCCUCUCCAUCCACGAGCCGGUGCGUUGUAUAUGUUCCAUGCAGGGGACGGGCUUUUCCUGCCCCAGCGGGGUGGGAGGGCGGCCCCCCCUCAUGAAAGUGGUGACAGGUGACAUCCUGGUGGACAUCACAGGUCGGAACGUGUCGGAGUACCUGCUCUUCACAUCAGACAGACUGCGCCUGCACAGAUACGGUGGUUUAACCGUGGGGAACAUUCAGAAGUCAAUCCCAGCAUCCUUUGGAAGCAACUUACCUCCAAUGGUGAGAAAGAUUGCAGUUCGACGAUCAGCUCAGGUUCUGUACAACAACAAAGGUUACCACAGCAUGCCCACGUACCUGAACGUUCUCAACAAUGCCAUACUGCGUGCCAACCUGCCAGCAUCCAAAGGAAACCCUGCAGCCUAUGGUAUCACUCUGACGAACCAUCCAAUGAACAGAACCAGUGCAAGCCUGUCGUUGGACUACCUGCUGCAGGGCACUGAUGUGGUGAUCGCCAUCUUUAUCAUCGUAGCCAUGUCCUUUGUCCCGGCCAGUUUUGUGGUUUUCCUGGUUGCAGAGAAAUCAACCAAAGCCAAACACCUUCAGUUUGUGAGCGGCUGUGACCCCGUUAUCUACUGGCUGGCUAACUACAUCUGGGACAUGCUGAACUACCUGGUACCUGCCACCUGCUGUGUCAUUAUUCUGUUUGUGUUCGACCUGCCGGCCUACACCUCCCCCACCAACUUCCCUGCCGUCCUCUCCUUAUUUCUGCUCUAUGGUUGGUCCAUCACUCCCAUCAUGUACCCAGCAUCCUUCUGGUUCGAGGUUCCCAGCACAGCUUACGUCUUCCUCAUCGUCAUCAACCUCUUCAUCGGCAUCACUGCCACCGUCGCUACCUUCCUGCUGCAGCUCUUCGAACAUGACAAGGAUCUGAAAAAAGUCAACAGCUACCUGAAGUCCUGUUUCCUCAUCUUCCCAAACUACAACCUGGGCCACGGUCUGAUGGAGAUGGCCUACAACGAGUACAUCAACGAAUACUACGCUAAAAUAGGCCAGUUUGACAAGAUGAAGUCUCCCUUCGAGUGGGAUAUUGUGACCCGAGGACUCGUUGCCAUGACCAUCGAAGGCUUUGUUGGCUUCCUCAUCACCAUCCUCUGCCAGUACAACUUCCUCAGGAAACCCCCGAGAGUGCCGGUCAGCUGCCAGCCCAUUGACGACGAUGAUGUAGAUGUAGCCUGUGAGAGACAUCGAGUGCUGCGAGGAGACGCCGACAACGACAUGUUGAAGAUCGAGAAUUUGACCAAGGUGUAUAAAUCCAGGAAGAUGGGUAGGAUCCUAGCUGUGGACCGCCUCUGUCUGGGGGUCCGGCCUGGUGAGUGUUUUGGUCUGCUGGGAGUGAACGGAGCUGGGAAGACCACCACCUUCAAGAUGCUGACGGGUGAUGAGUGCACAACUGGAGGAGAGGCCUUCAUCAGUGGCAACAGUAUCCUGAAGGAUCUGCUUCGUGUGCAGCAGAGUAUCGGUUACUGUCCACAGUUUGACGCCCUCUUUGAUGACCUGACGGCCAGAGAACACCUGGAGCUGUACACUCGCCUCCGUGGGAUUCCCUGGAAGGACCAGGACAGGGUUGUCCAGUGGGCACUGGAAAAGCUGGAGUUGUCUAAGUAUGCAGACAAACCUGCCGGCACCUACAGUGGAGGAAACAAACGGAAGCUGUCCACUGCCAUCGCCCUGAUCGGAUACCCCUCACUCAUCUUCCUGGAUGAGCCCACCACUGGGAUGGACCCAAAGGCACGCAGAUUCCUUUGGAAUUUAAUCCUCGACAUCAUCAAGACGGGACGCUCUGUCGUGCUGACAUCACACAGCAUGGAGGAGUGCGAGGCUUUGUGUACCAGACUGGGCAUCAUGGUUAACGGCAGGUUUAAAUGUCUGGGCAGCAUCCAGCACCUGAAGAACAGGUUUGGAGACGGCUACAUGAUCACAGUGAGGACGAAGAGCAGCUCCAAUGUGAAGGAGGUGGUCCGAUUCUUCAAUAGAAACUUCCCUGAGGCCGUACUGAAGGAGCGUCACCACACCAAGGUGCAGUACCAGCUGAAGUCAGAGCGGAUCUCUCUGGCUCAGGUCUUUAGUAAGAUGGAGCAGGUGGUGGAGGUUCUGGGCAUCGAGGAUUACUCCGUCAGUCAGACCACACUGGACAACGUGUUUGUUAAUUUUGCAAAGAAACAGAGUGAUAACCUGGAGCAGCAGGAGGUGUCCCCCCCUGUUGGUGGACAGUCACCUCUGCAGCGUAUCCUAAACCUGCUGAAGUCUCGGCCGGCAAACACGGAGCUGAACGCGCUGAUCAGUGAGGCACCAGAGGAGCUGGAGACUGACGAUGAUGAAGGACUCAUCAGCUUUGAAGAGGAAAGGGUGCAGCUCUCCUUCAACACGGACACUCUUUGCUGAAACAAGCCGCUGAAUCAGACGUAGCGACAGAAGCAGCCAGUCUGAGCUCUGAGGUGGAGCACAGAGCUGCAGAUUUAACCCUGAAGAGGCAGUGCAAAGAGGACCAGCAGAUCAGUUUUUACGCCUCACAUUCUUCACCCAGGAGGGACUGAGGGUUCAGAAGACCUGCAGAGUCUGAGACAAAUAGAGACAGAGCGCUCAAAGACUUAGUCCUUGAAUGUUUCCAUAUUUAAGCUUUUUCGAGAAUGUAUCUCUGGAUGGGUGCUGUCGGUGUGACUCUGAAUCGUACGCCUGCCAAAGAGCCUGACAUGACCUGAGCGGACCCUCGAUCCUGCACCCAACUCGACCUGCCUUGAGAGCAUGCUGUGAUGAAGUAGUCAUGUAUACAGUCUAUUUUUCUGUGGCCAGAAGAUUGAUUUAUUUUAGAUAUUGAAGCAGCGACAGACUGCAGUGUGAGAUUUGUUUUGCACUAACAGAAGACUGAGUGAAAAGCAUCAGGGGAAGGUGUGGAGCUGUUGGCCUUUUUGUUUUUAAAUCGAUGUCAGAGACAGAGGAAAUGUAAUGGCAUGGUUGUUGGCCUGACGGUGCCUCCCCUCUUUAACACUGUACAUGUAAACUUUCUACUUAAUGCUCUCUUUUGUGGGUUUAACGUUGUGGACUCUGCCAAGAAGAUCCUCCAUGAAGCAGUGUAAAAAUAAGAACUGACAGUAACUGCACUACCAUCACUGUGAUACUAAAGAGAACUCUCACAUCAGGAGAAUAUUUAACACCAUUACAAGUUUACUUUAAUUUUCAGAUACUUUCAGUGGAAUUUAAAGAAAUUAAAAUGUGCAGAUCCCCGGUGUUAUAAAACUAUGGAUGUUUAUCAGCUGUAUGUUUGGUUUGAACCGGCCUCUCUCAUGACUUCUGUGAUGAUUCAGUUGUAACUUGUCUUGUCAGAAUUAAUAACUGUUUCACUUCUUUCACUGAUAAUAAGUCAUAUUUUUGGUGAUUAUCAUUGCACUCUGGUGAGCGGUUUUCCUACUUUAAUGGGUUAUCAUUAAAGAAAAAUAAACUGA